UCAUGCAAUGAGAAACAUAAGCCGAACGUUGUGUGUUAACAUAUUCGUCUACUAAAUUGAUAUGAAUAUUUUUCGGACUCAAACUUCAUUUGUCGCCUAAGUCUAAAUAGCGCGCCUUAAACUGAGCCCCAAGUCAUUUAUAGGAGUUUGGGGGUUAUACCGAUAAAGCGAGCUUUUUCUGAGAGCAGAUCAGUAACCCGUUGCGUGAGCUGAAUUAAAUCAAACGAAGAUAAAAAGGCAACCGAAGCAAAGAUCAAAUCAGCGUGACAGCGGUGAAGUAGUACGACGAGCAAAAGGCACCCAGCAAAUAAAAGAUGCCGCCCUUGAAAUUGAAAUCAGAUACAGUAAAUAGUCAAAUGAAAGUGGCGAUAAACGGCAGUUGCAAAUCAGCUACAAAGUUCCGCAAUGAAGACAAGGAAAAUGCUGCUACCUAUUCGGCAAUUAUUAAGCGUAGAAGAAUUUCAUACCCCUAUGAAGAAAUGCCCACCAAUGGAACUCAAACUUCACCGGAACUGAGAGGCAGUGUCAAAGCAUCGGAGGAAGACACCCACUCCAACCAACAAAAGACACCCACUAUUCAGAUCAGCAGAUUGAAAAGGGCGACCGCGACCUUUGCCGACCUAACAACCACAAAGACCUUGUAUAAUAAUAAGCAGGAGAUACGAACAGACCAUUCACCACAGGUGCAUUUGUGCGCGAAACGUAACAUAGGAACUAGAUCUGAUGAAGAUCGCUCGUUCAGACGCUCAGUAACUGGUGAUGGCUUACAGCGUACUAGCCAACUGUCUUCGACUUUAAGUCCUAAGGUAGUGAACGGGAACGCUGCAGUGGCAGUCUCACGCUUCAUAUUGUCAGGCAAAUCAUCUUCCCCGGUUCUCUCAGAUUCCCAGGAAACGGUGAAAAUAAAACCAUUUAGGAGUAUGAACUCAUUAAGAAGUCCGCCCGAAGAUUCUUCGAAGUGCGCAAGACGUACUCAAGGAAAAGAUAACAAAAGCAAUACGAUAAGUUCGUGUCAAUUAAUGAAUAGUGCGUCAUCAAGUUGUUCAAUCAAACCUCAAGAGAUGUUACAGGUAAAAGGAUCUAGGAGCAGAUCUUCAGCAAGGAGUCUCACCCCAGAAUCGGCUUUUUCAAAGCGUCUGCGAACUCCGUCAUUUCAUGGCACGAGAUUAAACGGGGAUCGUCUGAAGCAACAAGAUAUCCAGCCAUUGACACGAACCCAGACUGUGAUACCCUUGAGUCCAACCUCGGUUCUAAUGCCACCUCAGUCGGUCAGGACGGGAGCUCAGAAUCGUUCUGCCGAACGCAAUCAUAGUUCACGAAAAGAAUCGUCAGCGGACCUCCAGGCAUCUUCGGAAACCGGAGAGAAGUAUAAGGAGUGGUACGCUCUCCUCGAAAAAAUUCGCAUCAUGAAUCUUUAAUAGUCAAUCAUCAAUGUAAUACAUUGAAAUCCUGUAACCAAAAAAAGUUUUUCACUCGAUGUUACCAAAUGCGGA